GUAUUAUCCCCUUAAAACCUGCCUCUUUCGUGCCGAUUUCACCACUUGCUCAAAACUUCUAGCGUAUAUAAAUAUUUGCUUGCUUCUAAAACCUCCAACUUUAUUUUUCCUUCUCUAUCAAAAACAUUUUCUCAGGAGAAAAAAUAUUCCAAGAAAAUACGCUCUGUUGAUUUUCCUUUUGUUAAAAUCGAUUUCGCUUUUACUCAAAUCUCCAACAUUUUCCUUCCAGAAAGAAAAGAUUUUCUCGGAAAAGAAAGAAGAUGUGUGGCGGUGCCAUCAUCUCCGAUCUCAUUGCGCCGUCGCGUAGUGGCCGGCUAACCGCCGAUUUCCUCUGGCGCACCGAUGUGAAGAAGAAGCCUAGCAGUCACUACUCCAAACUCUCGCGAUCCGAGGUCAUCGAUCUCGGCGAUGAUUUCGAGGCCGAUUUUCAGGGUUUCAACGAUUACUCUGAUGGUGAGAACGAUGGCGUCAAGCCCCUCGCCUUUUCUGCUUCCAAGUCAGGGUUUUCUGAUGGUCCUAGAUCUGCAAAAUCUGUGGAUCUAAAUAAGCAGGCUGACAAAGCUGGUAAGAGAAAGAGGAAGAAUCAGUACCGAGGAAUUCGGCAGCGCCCAUGGGGUAAAUGGGCUGCUGAGAUCCGUGACCCAAGGAAAGGGGUCCGGGUUUGGCUUGGAACUUUCAACACUGCUGAAGAAGCUGCAAGAGCCUAUGAUGCCGAGGCAAGGAAGAUUCGUGGCAAGAAAGCUAAGGUAAAUUUCCCUGAUGAAGCUCCAUCUAAUGCCCCAAGGCAUAUAAUCAAGGCAAAUACUCAUAAAGUACUUGCCAAGGAAAGCCCAAUCUCUGAUCAGCCUAGCCUGAACAACAAUUUCAAUUUCAUAAACAACCUAGAUGAUGAUUACUACAUGAAUUUUGUGGAAGAGAAACCACAAACUAAGCCAUAUGCGCUUACCGAUGCCUACCCUGCCUCUGGAGAUGGUGGGCUCAGUUCAUUUACCCCGUCAGAGGGUACUACUACCCUUUAUUUUAAUUCAGAUCAGGGAAGUAACUCGCUUGGUUGUUCUGACUUUGGGUGGGGAGAAUAUAAUGCAAAGACACCAGAAAUAUCAUCUCUUCUUUCAGCAACUAUAGAAGGUGAUGAAGCUCAGUUUGUAGAAGAUGCUAAUCCUUCAAAGAAACUGAAGUCUAGCCCUGUAGAUGUGGCACCUAUUGAAGAAAAUAAUGUGAAGAAUUUGUCUGAAGAGCUUUCUGCUUUCGAGUCCCAAAUGAAAUUCCUUCAGAUCCCGUAUCUUGAGGGCAACUGGGAUGCUUCAGUGGAUACAUUCCUUGGUGGAGAUGCAACUCAGGAUGGUGGAAACCCGGUGGAUCUUUGGACCUUUGAUGAUCUUCCUUCCAUGGUGGAGGGAGUUUUCUGAGCAACCUUCCCGCUUGCUGGUUUUCUGUAAAUAAGGCUACAAGUGUGUUUAUUGUUGAAGUGGUGACAGACAGUAAACUAUGCUCAAGCCAUAUAUGGAGGGUGUGUUAUCAAUUUGGCUUUUGGUAAUGUGGAGCAAGUAAAUAGGUGCUUAGGUUUAUUUUUAUUUCAAGAAUUUCUAUUAGGAUUUGUAUUUUGAUGUCUGUAAGGAUGAUGGCAUGUGAUGAAAAUUAACUUUGACAAUACCGACUUUGUUGUUUGUUCCUAUGAUUGUGGGUUCAUGGUUCUUCUUACUUGAUUCUUAGUGGUAUAUUUGAAUGUUUUUAUUA